GAGUAUAUGAGGGAAAAGACACGUUUUAAUAAGCAAAGGUUGAUUGAACCGCAGUAUCAAUACAUGACCGCUAGUGGGAGCCAAAGUAUUUCAACACUGUUAGUCCCUGCGGUCUGUUCCGUCUUCUAAAACUUCCUCGACUCUAACCUUCACUUCCUGGAUACGCGUUCAGAAGAAAACAGUUAUCCUUAGAUCUGAUUUAUUUCUGAUAUCCUGAAUCGUGCGUUUAUUGCAUCCGAAGGUUUCAAUCGACCGGGAGAUAAAGCAAACUCACAGCUUUUAUGAAGAAGAACUCACUGAUGAUAACGUAAUAGGAGACAGAGACGGUGGCGCAGAGAAAGGAGAGCGCCACGUCACUGAUCCACGGAGUCAGGAAAGAAAACACACUCACCCGGAUUUUAGCUGAAGUCCGGGCUCCUGGUCCCACUGCUGUCACAGCUCAGGACUAGAUAUUGGACGGACUUAGUUCCACUCCACUGCAAACAAAUUUGGUUUAAGUUAGUAAUUAAUAUCUGUUCAAAAUGACGGCGUCGAACUCCGGACUCAUCAUGAACGUGGUGAACAGUAUCGUGGGCGUCAGUGUGCUCACCAUGCCCUUCUGCUUCAAACAGUGUGGGAUCAUUCUGGGAACGUUACUGUUGUUCUUCUGCUCCUGGAUGACACACAAGUCCUGUAUGUUCCUGGUCCACACGGCCAGUCACACCAAGAGAAGGACGUACGCUGGACUGGCUUUUCAUGCUUAUGGGAAACCGGGGAAAGCACUGGUGGAAUUGAGUAUGAUUGGCCUGAUGUUGGGCACCUGUAUUGCCUUCUAUGUGGUCAUCGCAGAUUUGGGCUCAAACUUUUUUGCUACGCUGUUGGGACUGAAGGUGACCUUCAGUUUCCGUGUGGUGCUGCUGAUCGCCGUCUCCCUCUUCAUCGUUCUGCCUCUGAGUCUGCAGAGGAACAUGAUGUCCUCCCUCCAGUCCUUCUCCGCCAUGGCACUCAUGUUCUACACCUUCUUCAUGUUCACGAUAGUGUUGUCGUCCGUGCGCUACGGCAUAAUCUCUGGCUCCUGGAUGGAGCAUGUUCACCUGUGGCGCCUCAGGGGCGUCAUUCAGUGCCUGCCCAUAAUCGCCACAACCUUCUGCUGUCACCCUCAGGUGCUGCCCACCUACGACAGUCUGGACGAGCCGUCAGUCAAACGCAUGAGCACCAUCUUCACUUCCUCCCUCAAUGUGGUCACCAUCUUCUACAUCACUGUGGGCUUCUUCGGCUACGUCAGCUUCACUGAGAACAUCGCAGGAAACGUGCUCAUGAACUUCCCCUCCAACCCGGUGACGGAGAUGAUCCGCGUGGGCUUCAUGAUGUCGGUGGCUGUGGGAUUCCCCAUGAUGAUCCUGCCCUGUCGACAGGCCAUCAACACCAUGGUGUUUGAGCAGCAGCAGAAGGACGGGACAUUUGCUGCGGGGGGAUACAUGCCUCCUCUACGCUUCAAGAUUAUCACCCUCUGCAUUGUGUUUGGAACCAUGCUGGGAGGCAUUCUCAUUCCCAAUGUUGAAACCAUCCUGGGUCUGACUGGAGCGACCAUGGGCAGCCUCAUCUGCUUCAUCUGCCCCGCUCUCAUCUUUGGAAAGAUCCAGAAGAACAGCAUCAUAGCUCAGCUGGUCCUGUGGGUGGGUCUGGGCAUCCUGCUGAUCAGCACCUUCACCACCCUGUCCAUCUCCGCCAGCAGUUCUGCCACCAAAGUCCAAUCUCCAUCUGCAGCCUCUGGCCUGAGUGGCCCUCUGCUGCCAGACUCUCAUGAUCUGCACGAAAAUGUCCUCAACAAAAAAGCUGCUGAAAUAGCAAAACCAGAUUUCCUAGCUGUGGAUGUGGCUCAACCUGUGGAGAGGAAACAGCCGGAGCCUCCGCAGAUUAAAGGACCAGUGGACGAAGCUGAGGAGAAGAAGGAGGAGGAGGAGGUGCAGUUGGACCGUCCUGAUGCUGGCAUGGCGUUGCCAGAAGGAGAGGCUCACCGCCACGAACCGCCAAUCCCUCACGACGCCGUCAAAAUAGACACCAGGAAAGAGGAUGAAAAAGCUGUUGGUGCAGACGGUGCAGCCAGUAGAGAUGGAGAAGUGGGCGUAGAGGCAGCUGCAAAGUCAGUGGAGGAAGAAGACAACAAGGUGGAAGCAGAACGACAGGCAGAGGCUGUUGUUAGGAAACAGGAAGUAGAUCUGGGGGGAGGCGAAGUCCUGUCCAAUGAGAUAGUGGAGAACAAAGCAGCAAAGAAGCAGGACGAGGUCCCUGUGGUGGAGCAGGUGGAGAAGUUGGAUGCUGUGAAGGCUGCAGUGGUGGAGAACCCGGUGGUGGUGGUGGGGAAAGUGGACGAAGGCAAAGCUCCAGAAGCUGCAGUGAAACGUGAAGCUCAGCUGCCUGAUGGAGAACAUCGGCCCGCAGCAGAGGGCGCUCCAGCUGCAGACAGCAACGACACUGGAGAUGAAAAGAUGGAGGUGAUAAAAAAGUUGGUUGCAGAGGGUCAGCUGGACCACGCUGUGCUCCUGCAGGUGAUAAAGGAGCAGCAGGAGCAGCAGAAGAGACUCCUGGACCAGCAGGAAAAACUGCUGGCUGUCAUUGAAGAGCAGCAUAAGGAGAUCCACCAGAAACAGCCGGCUGGUGCUGCUGAGGGCGAGGCUGCAAAAGGACUUCAGGAGCAUUUGGAGGUGAUGGAGGGUGGAGCAUCAAAGUCCAAAGAAUCUGGACUGGCCCUCGACGUGAAGCUGCCCCAGGAGGCGGCAGGAGCAGGAGCUGCUGGAGCUGAAGUUGGUGGAGCAGCCAGAGUUGCAGCACCACCUGCUGGAGCUCAACAGGGUGACGUGGUCGGAGCCAAGAUUCAGGCUCAGGAGGGAGAUAAUGCAGCUAAGGUGCAGGUUCCUAAAGGAGCUGCUCCUGCGGCCUACAAGGAGGAUUCUCUUGUGGCAGCUGAAGGAGAAGCUGCGGUCCAGAAUGAGCUGGGAGCCAGAGGAGUUCCACUGGGAAAGAAGACACCAGUGGACAGUCAGGCGGGGCAACCUAAGGUCGAAGGCAAAAGUCUGGAUUUGGAAAACCAAAAAAUUGAGGAGGAGUUGAAGGAGAAGAAGGCUGCAGAGAAGGAGCGAGCAGAGAGAGAAAGAAUAGAGAAAGAAGUUGCAGCCAGAGUGGAGAAGGAGCGUCUGGAGAGGGAGGAGAAGGAAAAAGCAGAGAAAGAAAGAAUUGAGAAGGAGGUGCAGGCCAGGGUGGAGAAGGAGCGUCUGGAGAGGGAGAAACAGGAGAUGCUGGCCAGAGAGCAGGAGCUAGAAAAGGUGAAAGCAGAAAGACAGGAGGCCCAGCAGAAAGCCAUGGAGGAGAAGAUCCAGCAGGAGGUGCACAAAGUUGACAAUGAGGUCAUUGAGAUAAUGAAGAGGAAAAAGGAGGCGAUGGAGGAGCGGGACAGGCUGGAGCGAGCUGUCGAGGUCAAAAAAGCUGCCGUCGACGUGGAGAGAGAAGACGGAGAAGCUUUGAAGAAAGGAGGGCGAGACCUCAAAGAGGAGGUGGCUCCUGACGCCGACCCUAGAGAGGACGUGGAGAACGGUGCUCUCCAAGCAGACGCUCCCGGUCAGGGCUCCCAGGAGGAGGUCAGGGACCAGGGGGAGAUGGAUCUGAAGAGGAGACGCAGAGCAGUGGUAGCUGGAGAUGCUGGUGGGGCCCCAGAGGAGACGGGGGGGUCCAGAGGGGUCCAUGGCCUGGAGCCACUGUUGGAGCUGGGGGGUUCCGACCUGCACGUUGCCCUGGAGCAGCAGCUGUUGGCUGGGGCCAGGUUACAUUCACGGCAGAUUAAAGAGGCCCCGGAGGAGCAGAACGUCAACUAAUGUGGAUCUUUAAUAACGCCCCCUGCAGGACGUCCUGAUCAUACUGUUGUUGUACUGCCUUACAUUCCCCCUGUCCUCGGUGGACAAAGGACACCUUUUCACUUCACAGUCCAAGUCUAAGUUCAUUUGGACCUAACUGGAAUUCAUGGAGAUGUUAUCUGGAUUCUUGUCAAAAGUGCCUGGACGUCCUCCCCAGUCCAAACUUUUCCAACACUUCAGGGUGUUUCCCAGACUCCAAGCUGCAGCCCUGACAUUCCUGGUACUUAAAAUCAAGAUCUCUACUAUGGGAGCACACAAAACUCCUGAAACUGUUUCGUGGCUCCUGUUGAGAAAACAGGCUUUUAAUAGAAAGAGUUUCUCCUUUCACAAACUGUGCACUUUGAAAAUGUACUCCAAAGACAAAGUGUCUGUUAAUAUUAACUUAUUUAUCUUCAGUGGCACAGAAUUUAUUUGACAGCUGUACAUUAGUCUAUGCAGGUACAGGUGUUUGUUACAUUUGCACAAAAAAUCAAAAAAAAAAGUUCACGUUGUAUGUGGUUUAUUUUAUUUAGUCUGUGAUGUUUGUUUUGGUAUUUGUGAUGAUUUUUGUAAAGAAGAAAAAGAAAAAUAUAGUUUUUUUUGUCAUUGACUCAGAGAUGUAAAUAUUGUAAAUCUCUUACAGCACUCUACAUUCUUGGGUUAGUACUUCCUUCAGAUAACAACCAGAACAUACGGGGAACAUGUUUGAACAACAACAGAUUAAAUGACAUCAGAGACCAUUGAUAUUUCUUUUGAGCAUGUUCCCAAAGUUCUCCGUUUGUUCAGAACUCUUUUAUUUCUUCUGUCUGUGCAGUUGGUUCUGUGCUGCUCUCUGACACUCUCUGAUCAGGCCUACAUUUUCGGACUCUGUGAAACGGUCCAAAUCCUGUGCAAAGACUGUGCUGGUUUCUUGCUGGGCUAUUUCUUGGUUGCUGGACGUUGAAUUUUUAGAAGACCUUUAAGGCUGCAGGAAGUUUUGCAGUCUUUUUGGACAUUUUCAGGACGACCUCUGAUGCUGAGCCAGGUUGUUCUUGGGUUCUGCUGAAGGGACUUUAUGGCCCAGCUGGGACUUAAAGGCUGUAUCUGGACUUCUGCUGACCUGGUGAACAUCUCAUCUCACACACUGAGCUUUUACUGAAACUAACACAGCUAAACUUGGUUGUUCCUAGAAUUCUUGUUGCCAGUUGGAAUUCUCAGCACAUAAAUCCUUGACUUCCAUCUCUCCAUACAUUUGUUUUAUUUUCCACUACUCUGAAAAACGUCUGAACAAAAUUACUCUCUGAAUUGCAUCCUUGAAACACCACUGAUCCACAGGAGCUAAACACACCACUGCCAUGGCUAGGAUUAGAACCCUAUAUCCUUCAAUUAUGGGUUAUGAUUUUACAACUACCAUAGGCUGCCAGUGGUGUCUAUUAUUAACUUUUAUUACCUUGAACAAAUUGUCAGUUAUUUUUUACCAGAUAACUAUCCAGAACUUUCACUGAAACAAGUCCAUCCUUUUUUUUCCACAUGUGUUUCUGUGUGUUCCAUUUAUAUUUCUGUAUUUACUGAUUGUAUUGUUAUGAGAUUUAGAAUAGCAUUAUUUAAACUGCAAAUCCUUAGGCUGCGCUGGACACAACUGUACAUCAGUCUUGAUGACACACAUGUUCAUUCUGAUUCUACAUUUAGUGUAAAGUGGUUUUAGGACCUAAUUUGACCUUAAAUGGAAAAAGUCAAUUAUUUAACCUCGUGCUGGAUAUACAAGGUAGAAACACAGAUGCCUUAAUUGUUCUUCGACAGACUGUGGACCAUAUAGAGCAGCUGGAUCCAGACCAUCUGGAUCCUUUGAUCCCAUCCUCACCUCAGUUCAUUCCCUAGUGCCUUACAAUGCAGAUGCUGCAGUAAAUGCUUUGUUUGUUGAAAAAGAAAAAAAAACAAAAGUGGCAGUUUUUGUUUUCCGAUGUCAUUCUUGCACAUGAUUGCCUAUUGUAAAUAGUACAGGUGUUUUUAUAUAUUCAAAAUAUUUGUAUAUUUGUUUAAGACAACAGUGGAAGGAAAUGUUGUCUGGGUUCUGUAGUGUUUAGCAUUUAGCUGGUUGGACCUGCUUGCUUUGUAUCAAAGGCUAUUUUUCCAUGUGCAUAAAAAAUAAAUUAAAGAUCUGUUGCAAUCAA